AUGUGCGGGAUCUUGGCUGCCCUGGGCCUGUCGGGGGAUCCCGAGGCCAACAGGCGGCGGGUGCUGAGGGUCAGCCGGCUGCUGCGGCACAGGGGGCCGGACGCUACGGGGGUGUACGCCAGCGCCACGGGCACCGUUGUGCUCACGCACGAGCGACUGAAUGUUAUCGACCCCUCCGACGCGGGCAAGCAGCCGUUCAAGAUUGACCGACCGGAGGGAGACAUCGCAUGGGUCAUAAACAGUGAAAUAUACAAUCACGAGGAGGUGGUGAAGACCGACCUCGCGGGGUAUGACACGAGCUGGACGACCUCGGACUCCGUCAUCCUGGGCUACCUGUACAAAAAAUUGGGGCCCGUGCCAGAGGUCUUCCAGAAAAUGGACGGCAUCUUUUGCGGCGUGCUGUAUGACGAGGACAUGGACCAGUUCCUGGCGUUCAGGGACCCAAUCGGCAUCUGCCCGAUGUACUGGGGCCGGGACCGCGACGGCAGUGUCUGGUUUGCCAGCGAGAUGAAGGCACUGCAGCACUGUGCGGAAUUGGACAUAUUUCCCCCGGGCCAUAUGUACUGGAGUGGGACAAAGGAACUUCAGAGGUGGUACAAUCCAAGCUGGUUAAGCAUGGAUGUCAUUCCAACACAGCCUACGGAUUUGAGGCAUGUGAAGAAACUGGUUAUAGAUGCUGUGAAGAAGAGGCUCAUGUCUGAUGCACCGCUUGCAGUCCUGUUAUCUGGAGGUCUGGACUCCUCACUUGUUGCCAGCAUUGCAACAAGGCACAUCCAUGACUCAGCAUAUACAUUCAGAAAGAAUGAAAAGGUGCACACUUUCAGUAUUGGAGUCAAGGGGGCACCAGACCUUUUGGCUGCCCGGAAGGUGGCCGAUUUUCUGGGCACCAUCCACCACGAGUGCCACAUGACUGUGGAGGAGGGCAUCGAUUGCCUGAGGGAUUUGGUCUACCACACAGAAUCCUACCAUCAGGCACGCGCAUCAGUGCCCAACUACUUGUUGGCUCGAAAGAUCAAGGCCCAGGGCUUCAAAGUCGUAUUGUCAGGUGAGGGGGCUGACGAGGCGCUAGGCGGCUACCUGUAUUUUCACAAGGCUCCCAGCGCACAAGAGUUCCACAAAGAGACCGUGAGGAAGGUGACGAGGCUGCACCAGUGGGACGUGCUGCGAGCCAACAAAGCUAACUUUGCCUGGGGGGUCGAAGUGAGGGUGCCAUUUCUUGACAAAGACUUCUUGCAGUACAUUAUGAGCGUGGACCCCCAGGACAAGGUCUGUGACAUGUCUUUCAAGCCAGAUGGCGUGCACCCCAAGAUGGAGAAGUACAUCUUGAGAAAGGCAUUUGAUGAUCCUGCACACCCAUACCUUCCAGAUUCAGUGCUUUUUCGUCAGAAAGAGCAGUUCAGCGAUGGCGUUGGAUACUCAUGGGUGGAUGGACUGAAAAAUUAUGCAGAGAAGGUUGUGACGGACGAGAUGUGGGGCCAGCGGCAUGCGCGCUUCCCCGACGACCCGCCCCGCACCCGCGAGUACUACCUCCUGCAGUCCCUGUUCGAGGACCACUUCCCACACCCCAGCGCCGGCGCCACCGUGCCCAAGGGCCUCAGCGUGGCGUGCUCCACCCCGGAGGCCGUCUGCUGGGACCCGGCGUGGGCGGACCUGCACGAGAUAUCGGGCCGCGCCGUCGACGUGCAUGCGGCGGCCGGUGGCUUCGGCGCGGUGGCAGAGGAUAACGGCUUCGCCUGA